GCUGCCAAAAAAACUGAUGUGAAAGUUGGCCGGGGGCCGAUAGUGAGAUAUGAGUGGCCGCUCCAAGCCCAGCUCUGCUCCCGCUGCUGCUGCUGCUGCUGCACAGGGCUCUCUGCUCUCUCCCUCCACACACACAUGCACUUGCCCUGAAAGCUGCUGCUCAUACCAAGGAAACACACUGACACCCAGCUAGAAGCAUAAGGCAGGCAUAAUGCCACCCCUGCUCUGAUCCUUAUUAUUAUUAUUUUUAUUUUCUUUAAAUUAUAAUAAUAAUUAUAAUUAUUAUUAUCAUCAUCAUCCCAGCAUAAGUCCCAUAGGAUGAGGGCACCAGGACAGUGCUGAUGGAUGCUACUGGAGGAUAUGCCUGGUGCCUGCACAUGGAAUGCACAGUGACUGGUCAGGAACCUGCUAAUAGAACAUGAACACGGUACAGAAAUGGCACAACCUUAAAGCAUUUCUCAUAUGAUACUUGACAAGUUGCACAAAGGAUUAUUUUACACUUCCUUCCGAAAAUUCCAAUUUUUUUAAAAAUAUUUAAUUCUGAUAUUUUUUUAACUGGAUUAAAAAAAAAAUGAAAGUGGAAAAGCAAGAGGGGAUAAUGUUCUGGAGGAGAGCUUGUGUUAAAAAGUAAACAAUCCCUUCAUGGUAAGCUGCAAAGCCUCUCCUCAGGGUGGUGGCGUUUGAGGAAGGAAGAAGGGUACUUGGUUAUGGUGCCGUUCUGGGAUAGAGCUAAUACUGUAGGACAGAGGUAGCCUGACAAGGAAAUCAAAAAACACAAAAACUGACAACGAAGAGAAAGGAGCGCCCAUCUGCUUUGCUUCCAAAUUAUGGAACUUUUGUGGAAGACGUUGACCUGGAUAUUGGGCCUUGCCAUGGUUUCAGCGGAAUCUCAAAGGGACAGCAGACUCGCCUUUAGUUCUCAAGGGGAAUUCCUGUCUUACCUUGAACACUACCAGCUGACGGUUCCUAUAAGGGUUGACCGCAAAGGGGCCUUCAUCAGCUUUACUGUGAAGAAUGAAAAACACUCGCGGAGGAAGAGGAGUACAGACCCUAAAGACCAAGAGCAGGAAGCUUCUAAAUUAUUUUUUAAAAUUUCUGCCUAUGGCAAGCACUUUCACUUAAACCUGACUCUAAAUACGGAUCUGGUCUCAAAACACUUUACAGUAGAGUACUGGGGGAAGGAUGGUCCUGAGUUUAAGCACGACUUCAUAGAGAACUGUCACUACACAGGAUAUUUACAGGACCAAAACACCACAACGAAAGUGGCUCUAAGUAACUGCAAUGGCUUGCAUGGCGUAAUCGCUACUGAAGAUGAAGAGUAUUUUAUUGAGCCUUUAGACAACGUCACAGAAAACUCCAAUCACUUUAACUCCGAGAGGGGCCACCCUCAUGUUAUUUACAGAAAGUCUACCCUCCAUCAGCGAUAUGCCAGCAACCAGGGGCACUGCGGUGUGAAAGAUCUCACUGGAAACCACAAGCCUUGGUGGUUAAACUAUACAUUGUCUAAACCUACGGUGCCAUCAGAUAACGACACAGAUAAUGGUCCGCGCCGGCAGAGGAGAUCGGUCAGCAUUGAACGGUUCGUGGAAACACUAGUAGUGGCUGACAAAAUGAUGGUGGGAUAUCAUGGACGCAAAGAUAUUGAACACUACAUACUGAGCGUAAUGAAUAUUGUUGCCAAACUUUACCGUGAUUCCAGCCUAGGAAACGUUGUGAAUAUCAUAGUGACCCGUCUGAUUGUCCUCACAGAAGAUCAGCCAAACUUGGAGAUAAACCACCAUGCGGACAAGUCCCUGGACAGCUUCUGUAAGUGGCAGAAAUCUAUUCUCUCACACCAGAGUGACGGAAACACCAUUCCAGAGAAUGGCAUCGCUCACCACGACAAUGCAGUUCUCAUCACCAGGUAUGACAUCUGCACAUACAAGAACAAGCCAUGCGGUACUCUGGGCUUGGCCUCAGUGGCUGGAAUGUGUGAGCCGGAGCGGAGUUGCAGCAUUAAUGAAGACAUUGGCUUGGGUUCUGCAUUUACCAUUGCACAUGAGAUUGGUCACAACUUUGGCAUGAAUCAUGAUGGAAUCGGAAACUCCUGUGGGACCAAAGGUCAUGAAGCCGCCAAGUUAAUGGCUGCUCACAUUACGUCUAACACAAACCCUUUCUCCUGGUCGGCCUGUAGCAGGGAAUAUAUCACCAGUUUCCUAGAUUCAGGCCGUGGUACAUGCCUCGACAACGAACCUCCAAAACGUGACUUUGUGUACCCUGCAGUGGCUCCAGGUCAGGUGUAUGAUGCAGAUGAACAGUGUCGCUUUCAAUAUGGAGCAACAUCACGCCAAUGUAAAUAUGGGGAAGUGUGUAGAGAGCUCUGGUGUCUGAGCAAAAGUAACAGAUGUGUUACCAACAGCAUUCCUGCCGCAGAAGGGACCCUGUGUCAGACCGGGAGCAUUGAAAAAGGGUGGUGUUAUCAGGGGGAAUGCGUAAGCUUUGGGACCUGGCCGAAGAGCAUAGACGGAGAUUGGGGUCCGUGGUCAGUAUGGGGAGAGUGCACCAGGACUUGCGGUGGGGGCGUCUCAUCAUCUAUAAGACACUGUGACAGUCCAGCGCCUUCAGGUGGAGGAAAAUAUUGCCUGGGAGAGAGAAAGCGGUACCGCUCAUGUAACACUGAUCCUUGUCCAUCCGGGUCUCGUGACUUCAGAGAAAAGCAGUGUGCAGACUUUGAUAAUAUGCCUUUUCGAGGGAAAUAUUACAACUGGAAACCCUACACUGGAGGUGGUGUUAAAUCGUGCGCAUUAAACUGUUUGGCUGAGGGCUAUAAUUUCUACACUGAGCGGGCCCCUGCUGUUAUAGAUGGAACUCGCUGCAACGCUGAUUCCCUGGAUAUCUGCAUCAACGGAGAGUGCAAGCAUGUAGGCUGCGAUAACAUUUUGGGUUCCGACGCUAAAGAAGACAGGUGCCGAGUGUGUGGGGGAGAUGGAAGCACUUGUGAAGCCAUAGAGGGAUUCUUCAAUGAUUCGCUGCCAAGAGGGGGCUACAUGGAAGUCGUUCAAAUUCCACGAGGUUCAGUUCACAUUGAGAUUAAAGAAGUUGCUAUGUCAAAGAACUACAUAGCUCUGAAAUCUGAUGCAGACGACUAUUUUAUAAAUGGUGCCUGGACAAUUGACUGGCCGAGGAAAUUUGAUGUUGUUGGGACAGCGUUCCAUUACAAACGCCCAACCGAUGAACCAGAAUCUCUAGAAGCCUUAGGACCAACAAGCGAAAGCCUGAUAGUGAUGAUUCUCCUUCAAGAACAGAACAUGGGAAUCAGAUAUAAAUUUAAUGUCCCCAUCACCCGAACAGGCAGCGGAGAUAAUGAAGUGGGAUUUUCUUGGCAUCACCUUCCCUGGUCUGAGUGUUCAGCAACCUGUGCUGGAGGUAUACAGAAGCAAGAAGUGGUGUGUAAAAGACUGGAUGACAACUCUGUUGUGCAGAAUAAUUACUGUGAUUUGGACAGCAAACCUCCGGAGAACCAGAGGGACUGUAACACGGAGCUUUGUCCACCUGAGUGGUUUAUCGGUGACUGGUCGGAGUGCAGUAAGACUUGCGAUGGGGGAAUGCGCACACGCACAGUGCUUUGCAUUCGGCGGAUCGGACCUUCUGAAGAGGAGACGCUGGACGACAUCAGCUGCUUGACACACCGGCCAAUAGAGAAGGAAGCGUGUAAUAAUCAGUCUUGUCCCCCUCAAUGGAUUGCUUUGGACUGGUCUGAGUGUACUCCCAAAUGCGGUCCUGGGUUUAAACACCGGAUAGUUCAGUGCAAAAGCAGCGACCUCUCCAAAACCUUUCCUUCCACAAAUUGUCCAGAAGAAAGCAAGCCUCCAGUCCGUAUACGCUGCAGCUUGGGGCGCUGUCCGCCUCCCCGAUGGAUUACUGGAGAAUGGGGACAGUGCUCUGCACACUGCGGUCUGGGACAGCAGAUGAGAACCGUACAGUGUCUCUCAUAUACGGGGCAAGCAUCUAGCGACUGUCCGGAAACUGUUCGCCCUCCGUCAAUGCAGCAGUGUGAAAGCAAAUGUGACAGCAGCCCGAUCUCAAACACAGAGGAAUGCAAAGAUGUGAACAAAGUGGCAUAUUGCCCGCUGGUGCUGAAGUUCAAGUUCUGCAGUCGCGCAUACUUCAGGCAAAUGUGUUGCAAAACUUGCCAAGGACACUGACCCACAGCAUGGCAAGGGGAAGAGAGAGCAUUGUUAUCCGCUGUUGUGGAGAGAGUCCACAACCCAGAGAGACACAGAGGGGAAUGAGAUAAAUGUCCUUGAAAAGGGAUAGCCCUGUGUACAACAUAACCACUCGUCAGCCGCAGCUGACAGGAUUGCAGUAUUUUUUAACUUCUGUGAAGUGAAUUUAUUAUCCAAAGUGCUGGACACCCCAACAAGGAGAAGAGCCAAAUUGGAACACUUUGAAACAGUCUAACAAAGCAGACUAUGGGACGUUUGUGUUCCCCCGAUUACCACAAUCACCGAGCUUACCUCCUUGAACCAUUUUUAUGAUGGACUUGCAAAAUGACACUGAAUCAAUUUGUAUUUAAAACUUUUUUUUUUUUUUUUUAUGUAGCUGUUGUGCCUAAAAGAGAGAAAAUUCUUAAGUCAUAGCAAAAAGUUAUAAUUAUUUUAUCUCAAUUUUACAGCACCACAAUUUAAGUUAUAAAAACGGGCUUUGAAAUGUUAUUUAAGAAGCAAUUAUAAAUCAGAACUGAAAUAGGUGUAUUUUGUUAUUCUGCCUGAAUUCUUCUUCAUAGUUUUUUCUGUAAUACCGCUGUGAAGCAAAUUACGUAUAUAAUGGUAUACAGUUGUCAGUAUUCACAGGUGCAUCAUUUAAUACCUGCAUAGAGGACAUAUGGCAGGUAUAAAACUCACUCAGAGUAGCUGAAAGCCAGCUUAGAAAGAAUGUUUGAAUGUCUAUUAAAAAGAAAAGAAAAAAAAAUAACACAUUGCCUGCAGUCAGCUAUUUUGCUAAUGUGAAAAAUAUAGGAAACAGUUGGCGUUGGUGCUAUCUUUCUUAUUAGGUAAUAUAAAUAUAUUUAAAACAGGUUUUAAAAAUAUUUUUUCUAGAUUAUUGUACUUUUCUGUGUCUUCUCUCUAUCCGUUCAUUGUUCAAUGAGAAGUUUUCAAUAAUUCCUAAACCAAUUUGCCAUUUACAUUUUGUAACUCCCUACAGCAGUGAUUUUCAACCUUUUUUUUACUCGCGGCACACCGAACAAUAUUUUAAAAUUGCCAAGGCGCACCAUCAGUUCCCCACAGAAAAAAAAAACAAAAAAACACACAUUGGUCCUCAUAGUAAAAAAAAAUCCAGACAUACAUUGGCCUCCACAGAAAAAACAAUCACAUUGCUCCCCACAUAAAUCAUAUUGCUCCCUAUAUAAAUCCUAUUGCUCCCCACAUGAAUUAUUCACAUUGUUCCCCCCAUAAAUCCUUAUUCUCUCCACAUAAAUCCUAUUUUUCCCCAUAGGAGAAUACCCCCCCCCCCCCCCCAAAAAAAAAAAAAAAUAUUAGCCCCUACAGGUCAGCUGUCCUCCUCCCUGUCCCACAGUGGUGGGGGUUGUUCAUAGUGGAUUGCUGCGAAUACUGAGCAGCAGGCGGUCGGGCAGGUGUGGAUAUGGGUGGGCAAGGAAAGCUGUGUAUGCAGGCAGGAACUGGAAGAUGUGUAUGCAGGCGGGUGGGCUGGCUGGAUGGUGAGACGCGGCGGCCGUGACCUAUGAUAUCACACCGCCGCGUCUUCAAGGCAUACGUCAUGGCCGGAGCACGACUGAUCCUCUAAGAAGAGCCCGGGCCAACAGUUCACUCUGAAGGUGCAGGAAGCUGCUCUGGCUCCGCGUGUGACACACCUUGCAACUGAUCGCGGCACACUAGUGUGCCACGGCACACUGGUUGAAAAAGCCUGCCCUACAGUCUACUCUGUACCGUGAAUGGCUGCCAGUUACACAAAUAAACCAUUGUCAUUUCACCAUAAAUGAUUAAGUCUUAAAGAAGGUAAAUUUAAAAUUCUAAAUGCGUUAAUAACAGAAUUACAAAUUUAAUUGUUCUAGGAACGUAGGGGCAGAUGUAUUAAUCCUGGAGAAGUGAUAAAGCAGUGAUCAAGCAGCGAUAAGUGCACCAGCCAAUCAGCUCCAAUAUGUAAAUUAACAAUUAGGAGCUGAUUGGCUGGUGCGUUAUCAGCUUCCACUUAUCACUGCUUUAUCACUUCUCCAGGCUUAAAACAUCUGCCCCAUAAUUCAGUCGGAUAUAUAUCCAAUAACAAGAUCUUUCUAGAUAAAAAUUCAAUGAAGGGGGACCCUAUUUGUCUGGAAGUUUAAUGUACCUUUACAGACACUAGAGUGGACAUAAUAUAUACAGAGAUUAUACACAAGCACCUCACUUUCUGCUAUAGAUAUACCAUUUAUGAAUAUUUGUAAGAGAAGCUAUUGAUGACCAUUUAGUGUCAUCAGAAUAAAAUCUAAGCUUGUCUCUUAAAUAUUGGAGCAUCUAUUUAACAUAGUACAUGUUCAAAACAAAGUUGUACAGUAUGUCUUUUCCCUAAAGCACUUUAUUUCAUUUGUGCUCCGUGUGCAUCAUUUUGUGACUUUUGGGGUGAUUUUAGGGUUUUCCUGGUGCAAUCAGAUUUUUGCACCAGUCUUGCACAUGUUUAGUGAUAUAAUUGCUGUUAAAAAUUUAUAUACCAUUGUCCGUAACCUCCUAUUCUGUAUUCUGAGUCACGCGUCAUCAUCUUUCCAACUGUACGUAGGAUUAAACAUGAUUUACACACUAAUGUAAUGUUGUGAAGGUGGCAUGACACUGAAGCAAUAUGUAACAAAGUUCUGUAAACCACUUAGUUUAGGAAAACUUAGAGACAUGUUUUCAGUCCCUCUUUUCAUCAAAUCAAUUCAAUAGUUUCUAUUACGUUGAGUUCCAAGUCUCACUAGAGAGGACCCAGUAAACCACUUUAAAGCCAAUUACAGAUUUUUUGUAGUGUUUCUAAACAUUAAUUAAUGAAGUAUGUCAUGAAAUUGCAAGUGAACCCUUCCAAGUCCAAAUGCCUUUAGAAAAAAAACACAUUGGGACAAAAUGUCCAGAGUAAUCCUCUAAUACUUUGAAAACCAUACAGUCAUGUUCACAUCUCGUAUGCCUCUCAACCAAAACAAGACAGUCACGAUUUUGAUGGGUGAUGCUGGGGUGCCAGAGUAAGUCCUGGUGAUUUUUACUAAAAUUAACUAUUUUAGAAAAAAAAACAGACUCUGGAGGUUGCUGAAAAAAGAUGCAGUGAUUUCUGUAGAAAUCACCAUGUCCUAAUUUCUGUCCUUCAAAUUGAAUAGCACAUCCCUUUGGCUUGCAGUAAAAAUGUUGUUUUAGUUUCCCGCCCGCAAUUGAAUUCCCAUCUUGGAGUCCCAGAAUAAUGGCAUGCUGACACUUGGGGUUCCAGAAUAAUGGCAUGCUAACACUUGGGGUUCCAAAGUAAUGGCAUGCUGACACUUGGGGUCCCAGAGUAAUGGCACACUGAAACCGCUUGAGCAGCACGGCAAGUUACUAUUGCAAGGAUGUUCUUGCCGAUAUGAUGGCAGCACUGCAUGGAAGGAGUUCUGGAAAUAAUCAAGAGCCCUUGGUCAUUUGAGGUGAUCACGUAAAUGUUAGACAUGGUUAUUGCAGAAAGCCCUCUUUGCUAGAAGGGUCUGAUCAGUACUGUGUUAGGGAACUGAAAUGUUCUGGGUUCCACACAGGCUUAGUUUUCAGUAAACAUUUGUGCUAGGAAGAGAACUGAAUUUCUAUAGCAGCUUAAAAGAUUAUGCCCAGUUCUUUAUCUCAAAUCAUAGAUUCUGCUCCUCAUAUACUGGCACAGUCAUCUUCGCUGUACUUACUCUCACCAUUGUUUUAUGCAAAAUAGCAUUAUGGUGUCCUCCACACGCCCUAACAAGCACAAAGAGAACUUACCGAUCUUUUUUCAGUACUAAAUAAAUGUAUUAAUAAAAGUGAGAUGCGUUAUGUUCACUUCAGUAUUUACUAAUGUGAAGUAAAGUAAACAAUAAAGAAUAUGAGGUACAUUACUAAUCGUUCCAGGCAGAUACAUCAUUUAUGACAUUAUGAAAGUAAUGAUGCUACUUUUUGGUACAAUGUUUCAAAUAGGAUUGAUCAUUCAUUUCAUGUUGUAGCGGUAUACAGUUGAGGGGCUUCGGGUUCCUUUAUCCUUCUAGUAGAAAGUGUAAUUUGUAACAUGAGGGUUUGCUUGCAUUAUAAUUGUUAAUUGAGUUUAUCUUAUGUUUAAAGUUGGAUGAAAUUAAUAUUACCUCAAAGGAAACUGAUACUAACAGUUUUUAUCAAUAUAUUUCGCUUUAUCCCUGGUGCUAAAAAUUGGGAGUCAUGUAUUUGUGUCUUGAGUAAAGCCACACUGAGGUUGGCAUUUGAGAAACUCCUUCAAACAACAGCAAACGAGAAAUAAUAGAGAAUUGUCUAGAAUAAAAAACAAAAAGAUUUGGAUCUGUUAUUAAGGCAAAAAAAUCUAAGUCUGUCUCAGAAUUAAACUGUUCCCAAUAUUAGAAUGUAAUAAAAUUAAACUAUAAUUAUGCUGCUGCUACAGAAUCUUAACAUGGUACAAAAGCUACUUUCUGGGUUUUUUUAAUUAUUUUUUUAAACAUUGGAACAAAAUAAAGUUAUGUUACAAAUUUGUGGGGUUAAUGGGCCGAUUAGUUUUAGGAACUGGAAGUAUUGUACAAAAAAAAAAAGGAAAAAGAAAGAGACAUCUUUUUGGUGCUAAAACUUCCAUUCCACUUUUGGCAAAUGUUUAAUUAUUAAAUGUGCGUAAAUCUUAAAAAUGGUCAAUUUCAAUAUCAACUUUAUUAAUCGAGUGAACAUCAUAUAGCUAUCAUUAACAUUACAGAAUGGAAUUACCCAUGUAUUAUCGUGAUUAGUUGCUUUUUAUUUUGUACUCCGUAUUAAUUUGGUACACUGUUACUAAAAUGUUUGGCUUUUCUUUUGUAAGUUAUAUCCUAAUUUAUUACCAUGUUUCCUAACACCUGUUCUCCAUUUGUUGUGUUUAAUUAAAUACCUGUAACAGUUACAUUUGACACAAGA